UGUGUGAGCUGCUGCUGCUGCGAUAGCUCCUCUGUGAGCCGUGGCGAGCGACUGAGUCCGAGUGAAGCCAUAGGCCAUGGCGAGUGCGUCUCCCAGUGAUUGUGUCGACAGUGAGCUGAGCUGCCCCAUCUGCCUGCGCACGUUUGACUGCCCCUCCACGCUGAGCUGCGGACACUCGUUCUGCCUCCGGUGUCUGGACGGUGCCUGGGAGAGAGCGAGCAGCUUCAGCUGCCCGCAGUGCCGAGCGGCCUUCCCUGAGCGACCCCAGCUGAAGAGGAACGUGGCGCUCGCCAACCUGGUGGAGCAGCUCAGAGUUGGAGAGAGGAUGGCUGCAGUUGUCUUCUGUGACGCCUGUGGUGAUGGGGAGACUCCUGCAGUGAAGACCUGCCUCAGGUGUGAGAUGUCCCUUUGUGAGUCCCACCUAAAGCCUCAUCUAAUAAACCCCAAGUUGAAGGACCACGUCCUGGUGGCUCCCAUUGUCAGCUUGGAGGAAAGAAGAUGCAAGAAGCACAAAGAGGAGCUCAAAUUCUACUGCAAGCAGGACGCGAGCCUGGUGUGCAUGACCUGUACCAUUAUCGGAGAACAUAGAGGGCAUAAUGCCGUCACACUGGAGGAUGAGCAUGAGACACAGAAGAGUAGAGUCGGAGAAGAGACGCGAGCGGUGGAUGAGAAGAGGAAGAAAGCGGAGGCAUCUGUGGGACAGAUGAAGGCCACUCGCAAAGACGUGCAGGAUUCCAUGGUCCAGACCAAGGCUCGCAUCUCAGGCGAGUUCACCCGCAUGAGGGCGACGCUGGAUGAAGACGAAAGGGCAGCUCUGGAUCGCGUGGACGUGAAGGGGCGCGAGCUGCUGUCCCGGAUCGAGGAGAACAUCGCUCAUUACAAGCACGAGAUCAGCGAGCUGCAGGCAGCAGCCACGCGCCUGCGCGCUCUGCAGGAGGAGAGGGACUCACUCACGUUCCUGCAGGUUCACCUGAAAGAGACAUAUCGGAGAGACGCUCAAAAGGGAGCUCCACCCUCAUUUUCCGACGAAGAAGACAUCGCCACGAUCAGCGCCCUGCAGGGAGCUGUGGUCAACCUGCUGGCAUUCAUGUACGGACGUUCACCGACUCGGGACCCAAACUCGGCCAACAACUACCUCCAGAUUUCCUCGGACCUCAGGACGGUGACGCGGACCGCUGUCUCCCAGGGUCGCCCGCAUCACCCGCACCGCUUUGAUCGCUAUGCACAAGCCCUGUGCUCCGAGAGCUUCUCGUCGGGUCAGCACUACUGGGAGGUGGACGUGGGGGGUGCGGGGUACUGUCAGGUUGGAGUCGCGUACGGGACGAUCGCACGGAAAGGGAGUGGUGAAGAGUGCGAGCUGGGAGAAAACGACUCAUCCUGGGUUUUAUAUGAAGACAACAACAGCUGCGACGUGUGUCAUGGUGGUGUCUGGACCUCAGUGCCGGUGAGGGAUCCUCCCCGGAGAGUCGGGUGUCACCUGCACUGGGAGGCGGGGCUGCUGUCGUUUUACCGCGCCGACUCCAUGGAGCUGCUGCACUCCGUCCACCACUCGUUUAGUCAACCGCUCUACCCCGCACUGUAUGUGGGUGAUGAUGAUGGUGACUCAGUGAGGAUUCUGGAUCUGAGUCGUGCGUCCUGAGAGCACGGAGUGUGAGCAGCGCACAACGCACAGACUCACGCACACAAAGACACAGAUCCCCCGUGUAGCCGUCACAGACUGCUGGGGCAAGUGCUGUUAGCGAGCACCUAUGGGGCCGUCCAUGAAUGAAGUCACGCACUUGGGGGGGGGGGGGUGAGAAAUGUGACGUCACGUCAAAAUGCGCAACUUUAAAUAAAUAUAGACAACACGUUCUACUUAGUUAAAUAGACUUUUAAUAAAUGUUUUAUCCUACAACAUCAGAGUGCAGCGCCACAUUAAAUAUGCACUACAAUGACAAUAGCUUAAAGCUAA